AUGUCGUCGGGAUUUAAUCGAAAUUUAAGCUCAAAAACUGCUCGCUACCACACGCAGUCCGAUCUACGGAAAGCCGCUAGCGCUAGUGCAACAAAGUUAGCCGAACCUAUUCGUACGGCGGGUGUUAUGGUACAAGCUUAUCAGCCCUCCCGCAACGAACCCGACCAAACACAUCGUCAUCUAGUAGUGGAAUUCGCCAGCGACGGCCAGCGAUUGGAGUUCCCGCUUGUUUGGUUGCGCGAUAACUGCCAGUGUUCGAAGUGUUUCCAUCAGAAGUCCUACAGCCGCAUUCACGACUGGGAGCUGUUCGACGUGGAAGCUGCUCAGUGUCCGCAGAGUGUCACGCUAUCGCCGGAUGGCACUAAAUUGGUAAUCGCUUGGAGCGAUGGCCAUCGAUCGGAGUUCACGAGUGAGUGGUUGAUGGAGAGGAAUUUUAGCCAGGAAAAUUGUCGCCAGUAUUCGGAGGAUUGGUACCGGCCAGCACCGAAGCUAUGGAGCAAGGAUCAGUUUCAGCAGGUUUUGAAGCAUUUUCAGUACAAGGAUGUGAUUAAUUGUAAUGCAGCGUUGCUCGAGUGGGUCGAAGCGUUGAUUUACUACGGUGUGGUGAUGAUCCAUGGUGCGCCGCUGGACGAGCAGGAAUGUCGCCGGUUGGCCGAACGGGUUGGCUUUAUUAGGAAAACGCACUAUGGAGAAGAGUACAUAAUCAAGGCCAAGGAGGGCACAAGCAACGUGGCGUACCUGUCGGCUCCGCUGCAGAUGCACACCGAUCUUCCCUACUAUGACUAUCUGCCGGGGUGCAAUCUGCUGCACUGUCUGGUUCAAACGGAAAAAGUCCAGGGAGGGCGCAAUCUACUGUGCGAUGCAUUUUACGUCGCGGACCGGAUGCGCAGCGAGUAUCCGGUCGAGUUUAAGGCACUGAGUGAAACUCUCGUCAACUGGAGCGACCUUGGCGAGGAUGAGGGUCGGCAAUUUCACAGCAUCUACCGAGCACCGGUGAUAUGCAUUGGUCGCGAUGGAAAGGUAGAACGAAUCAAUCACAGCAUUCCGCAGAGGGACAGUUUCUUCAAUGUUCCGCUGGCCGAGGUUGACGGUUGGUAUCGUGCGCUGGCGCACUUUGUUCGACUGAUCCAUCAGGAAGCGGUUCGCUUUAAGACCUCCCCCGGAGACAUACUGGCGUUCAGCAACGUUCGAAUGCUGCACGGUCGAACCGGUUACACCGAUACGGUGGCCAACACUCGGCAUGUCGUCGGUGCUUUCCUCGACUGGGAUGAGAUCUACUCCAGGUGGCGAGUGCUGAAAGGAAUGGCUCUGAAAAACGGCCUGUGA